UUGGGUUCAUUGUCUAUAAAAGCAAAUCAUUGAGCCAAUUUUCAUCAUAAAUCAAACAGAAACAAAAACAAAAAAUGCAACCAGGUGCAAAGUGGGAGGAAGUGAAGUCUAUAAAAAUCAAUUCAGCUGAAUUAUGGAAAUGGAAUUCCUCAAUUCCAUACUUAUACUGUGCUGUUGGGUUUAUUUGCGCUGCGAUUGCUUUCGCCAUAUUUUAUCGAUUUCAAAAUCGAGAAAAUUCUAUUUCAGUACCAGACCCAGAGCCCAUAGUACUACAGGUUGAUGAGGAAAAGAAAAUUUAUGAUGAUCAAAUGAUACGUGCAUUAGAUGCUGAGCCUAAAAUAGUGCUAGUCUUUGUUGAUUGCAUUGAUUUGGAAGCCCAACGAAAGGGGAAGGCUCAAGUCUCGGAGUAAUUGCUUGAUUAUUUGAGGCAAGUGAAUUUCUAAACCUCAAUUUAAGCUUGUAGAUGCUUGUAUUUCCGUGUUAUGUGUAUUGGAGAAUAAUGAGAAUUGGACUGAGUUACUGACUGUAUGAUCGGCCUUAAAAAUGGAGAUGACGGGUAUAAAAUGGUGAUCUAAUGACAUGUAUUGAUGGAAUUGAUAUGUUGUGAUUAUGGGUGUAUUUUUGGACAUGUGAAAUGACUAGAUUGAUGUGAGAUAGGAAAAAUUAUCGUUGUUGUCAUGUCAUAUCAUGAAUCAUAUGAACAUGAAUUGAUUGCAUUAGUUCUGACAUAUUGUGUUGAGACUGAAAAUGAUAUGAAAUAAAGGGGUCAGAUCACACGCUCCAUGGAAAGUAUUAUGAAACAAAGGGGUCGGUCACACGCUCCGUAGCAGGAUAUGUAUAUUGAGGGGACGGACCACACGCUCCGUGGCAGGUAACAUGGACAUAAAUGUCUCCCAUGGAUUCCGGACUGUAAUUCAGCGGAUGUGUACCGAUAGGACAGACGUGCAUCAUUUAAUUGCAUUGCAUCGCAUUUUGUUGAUAUUUGUGAAUUCGUGUUUACUACUUAUUGCUCUGUAUAUGUUGAAUUUGACUUGAUAUGAUUCACUUGAUAAGACUAACGAUGAAUAUUCGUGGACUGUAUUGUUAUUAUUGUAUAGAGUGUAGAGUUGAGCUGGUUUUAUGCAGAUUGUAGUUGAGGAGGUUAGGUUGGGAUGACAGGAGUAUUUGUAUCUAUCGAGCUUUGCUUAGUUUUAGUUAUCCACUUGCUGAGUACCAUGUUAUUUGAUACUCACCCCUUGCUUCUACACUUGUGUAGGUUAUGAGUCCGGACCUGUUUGAUCUCCUCGCGUUUUAUACCACAUCCGAGGCUAUCAUCUCGAGUGUUGAUGUAGUUGUUACAUCCAUCUAGCGGACACCUCUGAUUCUUUUAAUAUGCUUUAGUCCUAUUCUAGAGAUAAAGACAUUGUGACUGUAUUUUCUUUCGUACAUCGGUAAUGUAUUAGUGGCUUGUACACAUGACAACCAAUCUUGGGGGAAUUUGAGUUUGUUUUAUGUGCUUU